GAGGUGUUGACAUGUUGUGACAAUUGUCUCUGAAUUGUAAGAAUUCUCUUCUUACCUUUUAAUCACUUUAGAUGAUUUUUUACGCACUAAAAUUCCUUCAAAUGUUUACGAAAUGAUGAAAUAUGCAUUGGAUUUCCUAUCUGUUAUUUAUAAUGAUGAUUACAAUACAAAUUUCUGGCAAACGGAUGGUCCAGGAUCAUCAAACAAAAUCUAAAAAUUCUCAAAAAUAUUUGGCCUACGAUGACUCUGGUAGGUUUCGAAGUGUUCAAGAUGUCCAAAAUCUUCAAGAUGAUCCCAAAAGAAAUUUCGCACCAGUGGCAGAUCAAAAGCUACUUCAAAAUUUGGACGACAUAAACAGGCAACAAGUUUUUUCUCUGCAAAAUAACGUAGAAAGGAAAAAUACUUUGAGAAAAAGGAAUCUUUCGAAAAAGAAACAGCAUCAUAAACGGAAAAGGAAGAAAAAGAAAUUGAAAAAAAGAAGGAAGAAUGGUUCACAAAAACAUCAAAAAACUAGAAUAGAAAGGAAUGAGGCGGACUUUUUUAAUGGCAAAACUCGAUCUCGAAUCGAAAAAAAUCAAUAUUAUCCUAAGAAGUUCACUAACAAAUUAACCAAAUCUAAAUCGAAAAUAUUUUCUCCCUACAAUGAUGUUAUAGAAUAUUUACAAAGUGGCCAGCAUUCGAAAUUAGACAAUUCCGAAAUUUAUAAAAAUAAGAAUUCCCAGGAUAAGACAAGACAUAGGCUUGGUAAUUAUGCUUUGGCACAACUUCGCGAUACUAAAAAAGCGAAAGCAACUGAUCACUCAAAAAUUCAUGCCGAAGAACUUAAAACCCAAAUAAAACGAAGUCCAUCCUCUAAUUUCCAAAGAAAAGAUCAAGAUGAAGAAUGUCAAACUAGUUGUGAAAGUGACAAUUUGGACGAGAGAUAUUGUCCUUGUAAAAAUGAAAAAGCAGUAGAUUUUGAAAAGCAAUUGAAAAUUUUAAAUAAAGGUGGUGAAGAAAUAGAGACCACGAAAGAAAAUCCAGGAAUUUUGAAUGGAAUUAAGAAUUUUUUUAAGCACCCUUUAAAAUAUAAUGAAGAGAAUUGCAGUUUAGUGGCAACCACUUUGAAUCCAAAUCAAUGUCAACACCAGAAUUCUAAAAAGGACACAAUUAUUAUUGAAGCUACUACUGUUAAUAUUAGUGAAAGUAGUAGUGAGGCUAAUAAUGAAGUUAAUACUGAAGCUAAUAAUGAAGCUUAUGAUUCAGCAAAUAAUGAAUUAAUUAUUGAAGCUAAGACUGAAGCUCAUACUGAAGCUACUCAAGCUAAUACUGAAGCUAAUACUGAAUCUCAUAUUGGAUCUAGUAUUGUGAGUUUUAUUGAAGGAAUAAGUACAAAUCUCCAUUUUAAAGAUUCAACUAUUGUUGCAACUACUACGGAAAAAGAACAAGUUUAUUCGAAUUUCAUGCGAACAUUCAAAUUGGAUAAUAAAUAUUCUAAUACCACUUCUUUUCCUGAUAAUAAUUUAUGGAAUGGAUCAGGUAAUGAUGAUGACAAUUUUAGAAAUAAUUUAUCAGAAGAUAACAAAUUUAAAGAGCCGCUUGCUUCCUUAACUCUUGAAAUCAAAGCCAAUCCAAGUGCUAAAAAGAAGAGUUUUAAAAUAAAAAUUAACUAUUAAAGUUGUUGCAAAAAUAAUUCGGCGAGUUCAGAUUUUCGCGAGAUAAAUAAUGUUAGUCAACACGCAGUUUAUUGUGGAAUAAUAUUACCAACUUUUGAAGAUUAAAUGCAUUUUCUCAGAAGAUAUUAAAAAUAAUUGUAAUAAAUAUAAGGAUAAUAUGUGAAUUAAAGUAAACAAUAUAAAAUACUAUUUUAUAAAUAGAAAUAUUAGGAACG